AAUACAUACAGAUAUAAUGGGAAAACGUAAACGUAAGGAUAAAAAUCGUCAUUUAAAAGAAAAGAUUAGGCGAUUAGAAGAUCGACUCAACCGUUAUUCAUCAUCAGAUUCGGGAACAGACGAAGAAUACAAUGAUUACGAUCGGUACUAUCCAGAAUCGUACGAUUACCCUAACAAUUCAGGUAGUGAAGAUGAAGUGCCCCUUAUACCGUGGUCUGAUUCGGAACACUCACUUCCCGAUACAACACCCAAAUCUGUUAUCAUGCAUCCUGCACCGAUAGUGGGCUCAGCACCUAAUUCUGACGCACCUUGUAACGUCAAUGAACCGGUAUCAGCUGAUCCGGUUAUCAGCACCAAAACCGAUACAUCACAAACGUUGCCGUCUGAUAUAUUAGAGGCCCUCGGAGACCCUAAAGGAAAAGAGGAAAUAUAUGGGCCAAAAAUACCUGACGAGAUCUCUAAACGUUGGGGCCGGGUACUCGUUGAUGGUCUAGAAAAAGAUGUAAAGCAAAAACUGCCUGAAAAACACCUCAUACCAGAUAACUUUCGUUUGGCUAAAGCCCCUAUUUUAAAUCCAGAGAUUAUAUCGGUGCUUAACGAAUCAGUCAGAUACCGUGACAAGUUAUUAGAAAAAGAGCAAAACCAACUGGGCCUCGGCAUUUCGGAGCUCACAAAUCUAGCUUCUGCGGUAAUCACAGAAAACUUAGAUAAAGUCGAAAUAUUAAAGAAACUUUCGGAAGCUAGCCAAAUUUUCCUAGACCUUCAUCACGAUCAGACCACUAGGAGAAGAAAACUCAUAACCACAACUCUUGACAAAAAGUUUGUCACCAUAAUAUCGGACGUAAAAAGGGAUACCUACCUGUUUGGCGCAAACCUAGGGGAAAAAAUAAAAGCCACAAAAACAGCGGAAACAUCGGGACUACAAGUGAAGCGUAAAGAUGUCAACGCUAUCGCAUCUACGUCUAGGAAAUAUCCCAAACAGGGAAACUGGAGGGGCCCACCCCGAACAUACUACCAACAUCAUCAUUUACAACGAGCACCGAGACAGGGUGGGCCGAGACCGCGCUACCCCCACCAACAGCGGUACCGUCCGCCAGUUCCCGAUCGUCAAGCCCUAUCAACGCGCAAGCCACCCAACAAGACCCCAAAAGCCUAACAGAGGUAAAUGUACCCCAUGCGGGUAGACUAAAAUAUUUCUAUAAAGAAUGGUGUAACAUUACCGACGACCAGGUAGUCUUAAGCUAUGUAAAAGGACUAGUCAUACCGUUUAAUAGCCCAGUCAUGCAAAACGUGUUUCCGGAAAAUAACAUUUUUAAUUUAAUCGAAAUUGAGAACAUAAAUUGCGAGGUUAAAAAAUUAAAGGCCUUAGGCGCGUUGAUCGAGUGUAAAGAUAUGCCUGGACAGUUUCUAUCUAGUAUUUUUCUUACUCUAAAACCGGACGGCUCUAAUCGUUUCAUACUUAAUCUUAAAAACCUAAAUAAACACAUUACACAUCAACAUUUUAAAAUGGAAGAUGUGCGAACGGUUACUAAGCUUAUGACAAAAAACUGUUUUAUGUCCACUAUAGACCUAAAAGACGCAUAUUUUUUGAUCCCAAUGAACAAUAAAAGCAAAAAGUUUCUGAGAUUCAAAUUUCAGGGAAAGACUUUUGAAUUUCAGUGCUUACCUUUCGGCCUAUCCUUGGCGCCAUAUAUAUUUACCAAAUUGCUUAAACCAGUUAUGGCGG